GUUGAGACGGUUGAUGUUCAUUUGAUACUGAAGAUCCUGGGAAUCAUAAUGCUCAUCAGUACAAUGGUCAUCUUUGAAUGCUGGUUUAGAUCAAGACGCUCUUCUGAACCAGAGGAGGUAUCCACCAGACGAGGAGAGGACGCAGCAGAAGCAGACUAUGUCAACUGUGUGGUCGAGUUACAAACAUCCUGAGUCACAAAGAGAGCAGGAAGACGUUCAGUUCACUUUUACUGAAAGAAAAUGCUGUAUUGAUUUGCCUUAUAUGUUCCACAUUAAGAAGGAGUGGCUUACAGGAUUGCAGUGAGAGGUGUGAUGAAAAUAAAAACAGGAUAUUAGCACCGAGACGAAAUAUGGGUCCUUUUUUCUACAAGACUAAAUACUGUAGAACAUUUGUUGGACACCUUACAUUACUUCCUGAAUUGCACAUUUUGAAUCCUGAAUAUGGUGACCAACAUGUUGCUGCUAGUCCUCUUUGUUUCAGAUUUUCUCCCACAUCUUGUCGAAGGUGCUUGUGAGCACCUUCGCAUCACCACCCCGAAGCAGAUGGAAGCACUGAGUGGAUCCUGUUUGCUGAUCCCGUGUAUCUUCAGCGCUGGCCCAGAUGUGGGCUUCAACAGCGAACGAGAAAUCUUCGGAGUGUGGAUUAAAGAAGAGCCUGCAUUUGGCAAAAAUAAAGAAAACGUGAUUUUCCACAGUGAUGGGACAAUCAACAGAUAUCCAAUGAGUAUUACUGGAGACCUGAGACAGGGAAACUGCACCACUCUGUUUUCUACUUUGGAAGAAAGUCACACAGACAAAUACUUCUUCAGAAUUGAGAACAGCCCAUUUAUGUCAACAGCUGCAUGUGAUCCUCUUCAAAUAACAGUGAAAGAUUCUCCUCCGAGCCCCACCAUUGAGAUCCCAGGUGAUCUGAAGGAGGCGGAGUCUGUCACUGUAACCUGCUCAGCUCCAGCUCCCUGUCCACACUCCCCUCCUAAACUCACCUGGACUCUCCAACAAGACCCUCCCAACACAAUGGAGGAAAACCCAGAUCGGACCUUCACGACUAAGAUCCAGAAGACCCUCACUCUGACAGACCAACAUGAUGGAUUCAACAUCACCUGCUCUGCCAGCUAUCCUGUGAAUGAAGGGAAAGAUGUUAAGACAGCAGAGGAGACAAAGACUCUCCAUGUUUCAUUUAAUCUCACAUUUUCCUCAGAUGCUCCUAAGGACACCUCCGCCUCCGUCAGUCCGCCCUCAGGUUCGGUGUCAGCGUGCAGCUGGGUGAAGCUGAGCUGCUCCAGCAGAGCCCAGCCUCCCGUCAGCAGCUUCACCUGGUUCAAGGAGAGCCAAGAUGGAGACAUGAACGUCUCACAGGGAGAGAUUUACAGCUUUGAUGCCACAGAGGGAGGACGUUAUUACUGUGUGGCCACAAAUGGGCUUGGUGAAGAAACAUCACCAAAGAUCCAGCUGGCUAACGGAGGUGAUCAACAGAUUGGGACAGUAGGCCUAGAUGUUCAUUUGAUACUGAAGAUCCUGGGAAUCAUAAUGCUCGUCAGUACAAUGGUCAUCUUUGAAUGCUGGUUUAGAUCAAGACGCUCUUCUGAACCAGAGGAGGUAUCCACCAGACGAGGAGAGGACGCAGCAGAAGCAGACUAUGUCAACCGUGUGGUCGAGUUACAAACAUCCUGAGUCACAAAGAGAGCAGGAAGACGUUCAGUUCACUUUUACUGAAGGAAAAUGCUGUAUUGAUUUGCCUUAUAUGUUCCACAUUAAGAAGGAGUGACUUACAGGAUUACAGUGAGUGGUGUGAUGAAAAUAAAAACAGGAUAUUAGCAUAGAGACG